AUGUCCUGCUACGACCUCUGUGCCCCCACGUCCUGCGGCCCCACGCCGCUGGCCAACAGCUGCAACGAGCCCUGUGUCCGGCAGUGCCAGGACUCCACCGUGGUCAUCCAGCCCUCGCCCGUGGUGGUCACCCUGCCCGGGCCCAUCCUCAGCUCCUUCCCACAGAACACCACCGUGGGAUCCUCGGCGUCCGCGGCCGUUGGGAGUGUUCUGAGCGCCGGGGGAGUCCCCAUCAACUCGGGCAGCUCCUUGAGCUUUGGGGGCCUUGGGGGCUUUGGCUACCCUGGGUUGGGCAGUGGCUACAGCCGGCCCUACAGGCGCUACAACACCUCCCGCAGUGGCUUCUACUAAGGUGGGAGGAGAAGACCAGGAAUGCUGAACCCCAACCCAUCCCUGGAGCAGGACUGAGCUUAUGGCCGCGGUUUUUGGAUGCCACAUGAGAUACACCCAGCCUGGAGUUAAAGGAGCUGUGGGAGUUUGGCAUCUCCCCAAACCAGGCCUUUGCUUGUCUU